UUAGUUUCCAUGUUAUGUGAUGAAACCCAGAUCUGGGUUUGAGAAAAACCCAGAUUUGGGUUUGAAAGAGGAAGAAGAAAGGAGAAGAGAGAGAGAGAAAGAAUAAGAAGAAGGAAGAAGGAUGAGCAAGGAAAGGAAAGGAAGAAGAAGAUGAAGUUUGCGAGAGAACCCAGAUCUGGGUUUGCAGAGGCAAGGGAAAAGGAAAGGUAAAAGAGAGAAAGUGAAAGAGGAAGAAGAGAUGACGUGGAUGGAAAAAAAGGAUAUCAAAAAUUUUAAAUUAAAUAAAAAUGCCACCUCAUAAAAAAAAGAUGGCCAACUGUGUUUUUCUUUUCCAUGUCAUUAGUUAAGCAAAAAGUCAAAUGAUUUGCUGGCAAGUUAACGUGACACCUGUCAUUUAACUGACGGAAGGACCAUUUUAGUACCAAAAAUGAAAGUUCAAGGAUAAUUUUGGUACUUUUUAAAGGUGAGGGACAAUUUUGGUACCAAAGUGUAAAGUUGAGGGACUAAAAUGGUACUUAAACCAAAGAUUUAUGGAGUCUAGAUAGGAAUCUUGAAUCUAGGAGAAAUUGGGUGAGAGAAGGAAUGUUAAAAUCAGUAGGGGAAGGAAGUGAUACUCUGUUUUGGCACAACAUUUGGGUUGGGGAAAUUCCAUUUAAGGAGAAAUACAAUAGGUUAUUUAGAAUUUCUUUAGAUCAAGAGGCUGUCAUUGUAGAUAUGGGUAGUUGGAAUCAAGGGAAGUGGGAAUGGGAAUGGAGGUGGAGGCGAAACCUUUUUGUUUGGGAAAACGAACUUUUGCAGGAAUUAAUCAACGAACUACAAGGAAUCUCAUUGAAAAAAGGACAAAUCCCAACAAAGGACAACUUGAUGAAGCGGGGAAUGAAUGGCCAAGGCAAUGAAAAAUGUGUGCUGUGUGAUCUAGAAGCAGAAAGCGUGGAACAUCUUUUCUUCAAGUGUAAUGUAUCAUGGAGCAUUUGGGCAUCAUGCUAUGAUUGGUGGGAUCUCAAAGUAGCUGUCCACACUAUGUGGUGUAUUUGGAUUUGGCGAAACCAAAAAAUAUUUAAAGAUGGAGCUGACACUAAGGAGCAGGUUGUUGAGCUGAUAAAGUUUAGAUCAUUUUACUGGUGCAAAACAGCAUUAUGCCUAGACCUUGUGCAAGACAAAUGGCGUUCAAAACCAACAGAAGGCUACAUGAGAAUGCAGCAACAAGUUUGAGAUUAUUCAGCACUCAAUGGACAUCACGGAAGAAGGUUUGAUGACGAUAGAAAUAUGAUGGAUUUUCACCCUUAAAGGCAGAUAAAUGUUUUGAAAACGUGUGUUUGAUUACUUUCUGUUGUUGUAGGCUCCGGUCAUAUUUUUAGGAGCUUUUGCUAUGAAUGGAACUUUAUGUUUUAGUAAUGUAAUGGUUUUUGAGUACGUCUUGUACUCCAUAAAUAAUAUAUUUACUUUGCUGAU